CACAAAAUAGCCCAAUUUGACUACUGGUUUGUGUAAGUCGUCUCCGAUACACUCAGAGAAGUGAAGAACCCUAGCUUCUCUCAUUUCGAAUCUCGAGCUCAGUUUCUUCUGGAUCGAAAUCAUCGUGUCUUUUGGAAUUAGCUCUGUAUUGGAUCGAUGUCUAGCCUGAGAAGAGCUCUGCUGGUUGCAGGGAAGACGAAAAUAAACCUAGAGAACUGCCAUUUCAUAACAGGAAUCAACUACAACGGACUCAGCGUGAAGCAAUUACAAGAGCUCCGUGGAAUCCUCCGCGAAAACACGAACACGAAGCUACUCGUCGCGAAGAACACUUUGGUGUACAAAGCCUUAGAAGGAACGAAAUGGGAAUCUCUGAAGCCAUGUAUGAAAGGUAUGAACGCUUGGAUCUUCGUUCAGUCAGAAGAUAUCCCUGCUGCUUUGAAGACCUUCAUCAAUUUCCAGAAAGAGAAGAAGCUCUUUGAUAACAACUUAGGCGGUGCCGUCUUCGAAGAGAAACUCUACGCUCCUCAAGAUUACAAGGUCAUUGAGACUAUGCCGUCUCGAUCCGAUGUUUAUAAUAUGAUGCUUGGUUCUUUGCAUUGGCCGGCGUUGGAUCUCGUCAAUACGUUGCAGGCACCACCGGCGUCAGAGAAUGAGACUGUUGCUUCAGUUUCUUAGAUUGGAAAAAUGCUUCAGUUAUCAGUCCCUUUUAUGUUUGUGCUUCCGGAUUCAACCUUAGUGUUCUAUCACAAAAUAAUUUAUGGAAUUAUCAUACCAAUUUGUUGCGGAUUACUCCAUUUUGAUUUCAGAAUCAGUGUUUGUGGUUUUUGUUGGAGUAGAUUGAGCUUUGCUUAUCUUUAUAUUGUUGUUUGCUUAGCAGAGAAAUGGUGAAAUGAUAACACUUGUUUGGGGA